UUCCCCGGUAACUCAUCCGCGCGGUCCUCCAGCGCGUGUACCUUCUUGUCGGUCCCUAAACCGUCGUUGUCAGACAUUGAACCCCGACCCCGCUGAACGGGAGACGUCAAGCCAAGGCCUAUGCUGCAGUGGAAGGGGGCGGUCACAGAAAAGCCUAUAUGUUAAUAUUUCCCCCUUUCGUUUUUCUAUGUUUAACAAGCGUUAAAACAAACGCGAAUUAGAGUCGGCGCUUCGCCCCCGCAGCAGGCGCAGCCAGCGGUUCGCUGGGUUUCGUUGGCCAGCCUCGGUUCGCUCUGCAAUGUUAGCUUAACAUGAAGCUAAACGGUUGCGUCACCAUGGAAACGCACUUUGAACCCAUAUGUUCCUGCUCACCAUGACACCCAGUAGAGGAUUCUGGGAUUGAUGCGGCACUCCCCCUGAUGGCCUGGAUUGGGUGUCGGCCAGCCUGCUGAAGCCAUGGGAGGCUGCUGGAGCUGUCUGUACAGAGACACACUGCCAGAAAACCACCCCACCAAGUUCAAGGUGACGAAUGUGGACGAUGAAGGGAACGAGUUGGGCUCGGGAACGAUGGAGCUCACUCAGACCGAGCUCAUCCUGCACACCAGGAAGCGCGACGCCGUUCGGUGGCCCUACCUGUGCCUGCGUCGCUACGGCUACGACUCUAACCUCUUCUCCUUCGAGAGCGGCCGGCGAUGCCAGACGGGGCAGGGAAUCUUUGCGUUCAAGUGUUCUCGGGCGGAGGAGAUCUUUAACCUGCUUCAGGAGCUCAUGCAGUGCAACAGCAUCAACGUGGUGGAGGAACCUGUCCUAAUCACUCGCAGCGGGCACACCCCGGAGCUGGACCUGCCCUGUACACCACAGACACCCAACACUCCAGCAUACACAGUGCAGGGGUUCCCCAACGGAUAUCCAGGGUACCCCGUUAGUGCCGACUCCUCGCACCCCUCGUCUGGCCAGCCCUCGGUGGCUGACGAACAUGGCCACAGCCUGAUGGGCCUGGAUGAGCAGGCCCACACCUAUGUGAACACAGCCAGUGUGGAGGCGGAGAUCCGGGGACGGCACUGCGUGCACUCCCUGCCCGAGGUGCGCCCCACUCCCUUCCCCGAGCCCCCCAGGGGCGUGGCUCCCAGCAUGCACUGCUGCCCGCUGGAGGAGCGGGAGGACCCGCAGGUCUUCCUCCAGACGGCCUCCCAGGAGGCCAAGUUCAUGCUGGGCCCCACGCCCGCCCAGCGCCGCUUUCUGGAGCUGGAGAGAGAGAGGCGCGCCCAUCAUUCCCACGGGGGCGGGGCUUCGGAGCUGGAGGGCGGGGCCCACGCGCGGAACCAGCACCCCUACCACCACCACCAACACCACCACCACCACCUGCCUCAGCGGCAGUCCCACCCGGCCCCCGCCGAGCACCCGGGCGGCUGCCAGCUCACCCGCCUCACCUACGAGAACAUCAGCGGCCUGCGGGGGGGCGGGCGCAGGGGCGGGGCCGGGCGGAGCCGGGCAUGCCCCGCCUCCAUGUCCCACUCGGGCGGCUCCAGCAGCAGCAGCAGCGGCGGCGGGGGGGAGGGCCACUCCCACCCCCACGCCCACCCCCACCCCCACCCCCACCCGUUGCCCCCCCAGGCCUACGGCUGCGAGCGGGGCUGCCACCGCAAGACGGCCCUGCUCAACUACGAGAACCUGCCCUCGCUCCCCCCGGUGUGGGAGUACCGCGCCCUGCAGCGCGAGGAGGAGGAGGAGCAGGACGAGGAGGAGGAGGAGGAGGACGACGAAGAGGAGGAGCAGGAGGAGGACGAGGAGUACGAGGAAGAGGACUACGACGAGUACGAGUUCUCCGAGGGACCCGGCACGCCCAACGGCUACCACCAGGACGGCGACCGUCUCCACGGCGACGACAUGCGGAACUACGUCAACACGGAACGCGUGCAGCUGGGGUCCCGCCGCCCGGCCUGCCCCCCCCGCAGGCAGCAGUGCCCGGCGGGGGGGGGCGGAGCCGGCGGGCCCGGGGUCUUCAGCUUCGAUUUCCACCGCGGGGCGGGCAGGGGCGGGGCCGGGGGGGGCUGCGAGCACGGGCACCUGCCUCAGCCGCGCCAGCUCAACUACAUACAGGUGGACCUGGACGGCGAGCCGUCGCACCAGGACCCCGCCCAGGCCAGCCAGCUCCAGCCCCCGGCCCAGCCCACCCGCCGCAGCCAGUUCUACGCCGUCAUCGACCUGAAGAAGACCGCCGCCAUGUCCAACCUGCAGAAGGCCCUGCCCCGCGACGACGGGACGUCCCGCAAGACCCGCCACAACAGCACGGACCUGCCGCUCUGAGCACGAGAGAGAGAGAGAGAGAGACAUAGGGCAGACAUGAGAGAGAGAGAGAGACCUGCCGCUCUGAGCAUGAGAUAGAGAUAGAGAGACAUAGGGCAGACAUGAGAGAGAGAGAGAGACCUGCCGCUCUGAGCAUGAGAUAGAGAUAGAGAGACAUAGGGCAGACGAGAGAGAGAGAGAGAGAGAGACCUGCCGCUCUGAGCAUGAGAGAGAGAGAGAGAGAGACAUAGGGCAGACAUGAGAGAGAAAGAGAGAGAAGAGAGAAGGCAGAAAGGAGAGUGAGAGGGGGGAAACAGAAAGGUACUGACAGAAAGCAGACUGGGUCGAUCACUCUUUCUCCCUCCCUCCCUCCCUCUUUCCCUUAUUCUUCCUCCCGUUUGCACUGACAGGCAGUAGCCAUCUCAACGGACUGGGCGGUGCAGAUUUUCAACUUGAAAGGAGGUGACAGAAUUCUAAUAUAAUUCCUCAGUUAGUGUAUAAAGACCUCUUGAGAGUUUGGUUUAAUUUUGUGUGUAUUUUUGCCAUGUGUUGAUCACUUUUGGCAAAUGCGGUGGUCCUUUUUGUUUGCGGUUUGAUUUUGGGUUGGAGCAGAGACUGUUCCUAUGGACCAUGGGUCCCCUGCUACCCCGAGACUCUGGCAUCCCUCCACACAUUCUAUUUAACUGUUUUUUUAAAUUUUUUAUUUUUUUUUACUUUUGUCUAUUUUUGUCUAUAAUUACUUUUGUCUAUUUUUUUACUGCAAGGAAGAUUUUUAUUUAAAAAUGGUGAAGUAUUCAAAGCGUUUACUUUAUUUUUUGUUGUAGUUUUACGGUCCAGUAGAAGCAGACUAUGACAGCAUUCAUAAGCCAUCAUAAGCCUUCGUAAUCCCACAUGUGAUUCCAUUUAAGUGCGUCUUAUUCUUUUUCUGAACAAUCCGACCAUCACAAAUGUUACUGUUACUAAUACUACUGGCGAAUGUACGUAGGAGGUCGUACUUAAAUCAUUAGCAGUUCAUUACAAAGCACUUAGACCUUUUCUUUUAAAAGGUUUUUCAUUGACAUGAAAUAAUGAAGUGCAUGCAUUUGAUAAAACCCAGUGAAAGGUUAACAUGAUAAAAGGUGGCGUGCAUGGAUAGCUUUCACGUCAGGAGAGUUUUAAAUCUGUUUAAAUCCCUGCUGGACAGUUAAAGCUCAUCUGUAAGAGUAAAUGACGUGGCCGAUGUAAAUGGAGGAUGGAGCUUUAUUUAUUUCUGUUGAGAUGCUGGAGAUUCUCUGUGCCAAUGAAAUCAGUCCUUGAUGGACAGUGGUAUCUGAUAUACCAAUGAAAUGUGUCCUUGAUGGACAGUGGUAUCUGAUAUACCAAUGAAACGAGUCCUCUGGACUGUGGAAUCUGAUCCUGCUGCCGAGCAUUUCAGCCCGAAUCCUCACGCACACAGGCCAGGAUCUGCAGACCAUUUCAGCCGAAAGCCUCACGCACACAGGCCAGGAUCUGCAAUGCAUUUUCAGCUGCAGGAGUCGGGUGCGAGCUGGUCGCAGCCUAGCAGGCAUCUUCACAUUGCAGUGUUCCCGCAUUGCAGCAUUCCCACGUUGCAGUGUUCCCGCAUUGCAGCGUUCCCACAUCGCGGCGUUCCCACAUCGCGGCAUUGCCGCAUGGCAGCGUUCCCGCAUUGCCGCGUUCCCACAUCACGGCAUUGCCGCAUGGUAGCGUUCCCGCAUUGCCGCGUUCCCACAUUGCAGCGUUCCCACAUUGCAGCGUUCCCGCAUGGCAGCGUUCCCGCAUUGCAGCGUUCCCGCAUUGCGGCGUUCCCACAUCGCGGCAUUCCCGCAUUGCAGCGUUCCCGCAUUGCUGCUGCGAUGGGCAUCAAGUCGCAUAGCAGACGUCCACCAGUGGGCGUAACCAUGGUACUCAAAUCAGGGCUCACGCUGCAGACUGUACUUCAUGUAUAGAACAGUGUUUUUGUGAUGCGUUCUGCCAGGGUGGUUGUGUUAUAUCGCAGUGAAAGUAAAGUAAAAGCUUGAUUUGGAGAGCAUCUGGAGGGUUUCAGAGCAGCCAGUCGUCUCUGAACUCAGAGACAAAAAAAACCCUGAUCAAGUAGCUUGGAGUUUAAGGCAUUGUUCACUCAUUUUGUGGCUUGUUUUAAAAAAAAAAAUAUUUCUGUUAUGGUGUAUGCUUCCGAUUCACCCAGUUUUUGUGUGCUGUGAAGGAUACUUUAGAAUGAAGUUUAGAUAUUUAGAGUUGAGUUUCUGAGGGCUAGCAACAGCCAUAGUGUUUGGGGGUUUCUCAUCUAAAUGCAACCCAACCAGCCUUUACUGCAAUGCUAUGACUCCAGAGGUUGCAUGUGUGUACAUUACCCAGUUAUUCUUCAAAAAAUGACAUUUAAUAUUUGUGUCAGGAACUAUUUCCCAUGGCGCGUGCUGCCUGAGACCGCUGUGUUUCAUGAAAGUAGUACCGGUGUGAGUGCGCUGUCUGCGUCUCCUGCAUCGGCAGCGCUGUUUUCGGUUCCAUCACUAUUGGGAUGUGUCGACCUCCUAUUGGGCAGUGCUAUCACAUGCCUGUGCACUGUGAAACUUAGUUUUGCACUUGCACACAUAUAGUUAAUGGUACGUUAUUUAACUUGAUAGCCUCACUAGCCUGUGUGCUAGUAGCUAAGAAGGCUACCUUACUCGCUAGCUGUUGUGAAUUACAGAUAGCAAAUGUUAGCUAGCUUGGUGAAUAUACUUGUAAACCUACCAAAGUGACUAAAACAUGUUAAAUAAGAUAAAUAAUAUUGAUGAAUGUUGUGAAAUUACACUAGAUGGCUAACAUUAACUAGCUAGCCUGUCAGUUGGUAGCUAAGAAGACUACCUUACUACCUACCUAGCUAUCAGUUGUGAAUUACAGAUAGCUGACAUUAGCUGGCUAGGUGGUUACAGUUGUAAACUCAGAAAAGUGAUUAAGACAUGUUAAAUGUUGUGAAUUACACUAGAUAGCUAAUGUUAGUUAGCUAGUCUGUGAGCUAGUAGCUACAAAGGCUGCCUAACCUGCUAGCUAGCGAGCAGUUAUGAGAUAGUAGCUAACAUUAGCUAUCUAGGUGGAUACGUGUAUUAAAAAAAUAAGCUAGAAGGUGAGCUAUUAGUUAGAGCCUGUGCACAAUCAUGUGAUAGUGUUGUAUCCAAUAACGGUUCCACACAUCACAAUGGCAACGGAACUGAAAACAGCCAAUGCCAAUGGUGAAGGGGGACGCUGACACUGCACUUACACUGGUACAAUAUAAAAAUGAAUAUGCUAUUCUGCUGUCAUGUAAUUGUGAGUAUACAUUAUAAAAUGAAUCUGUAUUUUCAUACGUACAGCUUCUGAAAACAUCUGCUUUGGAUGUAAUUGACGUGUAUUUUCAAACCCCCGAAUGGCCUGUGCCAGCCAUUCUACAGUUGACUGUUCAUCAGAAACUUCUGUAAGUAUCUAAAAUAUCCUUCAUAUCUCAUAAAAGGAGUUUGGGCCAAUCAAUUGUACACUAAAACUGAAAUAAUAUCAAAGUGCUCCAUAAAUUAAACUAUUUGUUUAAAUAUUAUUCAGCUUUGGCUAGUAUGUACAUUAAUUGAAAUGAGUUAUUUAUACUGAAGACAUGUAAUUGAGAGUAACAAUUCUGUUCAUGUCGUCAUUUCCAUAAUAGUGUCUCAUUUCUAUUGCUAUAUGCACGUAUAAACCACCAGGUGAUGUUUGUGUAGGCUGUAACCACAUUUAAAACUCCACUGUGUGUGCGGUUCUAAGCCACCUAGCGUUGUUGGUGUAGGCUGAUACAACGUUUCCAACUCCACUGUGUGUCAGUUAGCACAACAUGCUGAGUUACUUUGUGUAACUAACAUGCCUAUUGAGAUGAGAACUGAACCCUGCACAAGCUGCUGUGUUGGUUUUCCUAACUGACAUCUAACUCAAUAUGUACAGUACCUAACUGUUCUACCUCUUUCAAAAAAAAACAAACAAAAAAAAACGCAGGUUGACUAAUGUGUCUGCAGUCCUGUACCGCAAACUGCUCUUCAUACUCGUAUCUUAUUAAAGGCGUAAACUCACAUAAUCAGUUGGAGACUUCCCCCCUGGUAGAAUGUUCGGUUUUUGCAUAUCACUGUGAGUGUGAUUUACAUGGUGUAGCCUAGUUGCACAGGGCCCUGUUUUGGCAUUAUGAGUGCAGCUGUAAAUACGAGACAGGACUGGCUGGCCCAAAUUGCAGUGUUUUCCAAUUUGAUUUUGUCACUCUGACAGUCUUGUAAUUAAACCUGUAACGAUGGUACCUGUCGCAUUACCUGUGAGUUAGCAUGUGCCAGGCCAUGGUGUAUUUUAUAUUUCCUGUGCUGUUGGUUAUAAUACAAUGGGUACAGAAACGAAAUAUCACUUUUUUUUACAGAAAAAAACCAGAGAGCACAUCUACCAAUCACAGAGUAGAUUGGUAAUAAUACAUUUUCAAAUCAACUAAGGCAGUGGCAGUCUGUGCAUAUCUUAUGGAUAUCCCGCCUAGGUUCUCUAGGUACUGUAAAUGAGAAAUAGAGAGCAUUCUAAUCAGUAGAGUCAAAACUAAUCCCGGCCAGGCUGAAAAAAAUAAUCUAGAGAUGAAGAGGGUGUAGAAAAAGAAAGCUGAAAAUCAGAAGAGGGGUUGAAGAGAGGUGCUUGGAGAGGAAUUAAGGUCCUUUCAAGUCUAUCAACAACCUGGAAGGACCCUGGCCUUGAGUCGAAGACACUGCAGUCAGUCUGCUGAGACUGUUAGCAACUUUCAGUCAGAAAGGGAUGACAUCAGAAGUCCUGUUAAAGGAGGAUGGCAGCAGCAUCAUCACUGACUCAAAGAGCAGUGGGAGUCCUCUGUUAUAUUCCCUAUAUAUAGCCAAAGGUGACCAACCCAAAGGAUCCAAAUAAUGUCUGUCAUCAUGAAGUGUUUUGAGCACCUGGUGCUUGCACAAAUCCAACAGCGUGCGCGAGAGCAUAGCAGACCCAUUACAGUCUGCCUACCCAAGGAAUAUACAAUGCUCUUUUACCCUUCCUCAUCUGGUUCAAUCCCAUCUGGAGAUACCAAAAUCAUAUACCAGACGGAUGCUUGCAAAAUUCUCUAGUGUGUUUGACACAAUUCAGCCGUAUUAUAAGAGUCAGAAACUACUGGACAUGCAUAUUAACCCUCAUGCCAUCUCAUGGGCCUUCUUGACAGAAAGACGUGUGGUUCGAUACACGGACUAAUGCAGCAACAUAAGGACCAUCUCCGCUGGCUCACCACAGAUCUCAGUGGUCACCUGUCAACUUUUUUGUUACUGUAUGGAAGUUCUAAGUAGUAUUUCCUUUAUAGAUUAAUUUCUCAUUUGUAAUAAUAGUCAUGCAAUUUAGGAAUCUCUAAAAAUGCAAUUUCUGUCGUUUUAUUUAUUAGUAUUAUAUAUGUAAAUUAUUUAUUCUAUUUUUUGUAGGUUGGCUGCUUCACCUGAAGUUCCUCCUGGGAAGAAUACGGUUUUAAUAUUCUAUUCUAUUUUAAGUAUAGGCAGAAAGUAUUGACCAAUCAUCAUCAGAAUUGUUCUAAUACUUAUUACCAAUGUUGUUUGUGAUUGGUGGUGCUCCUCUGGUUUCCAUGUGAAAAUUGAUGUGUUGCUCCCUGUUUAAUUGCCUCAGUGCUGUUUCUCCAGGAGGUCCUCUUAGCAGGUGUGGAAACAGGCCACACUAUGACUGGCAUACUGAAGACUCUUUGUUUUCAGUUAUGUGCAUACCGUGUCCAUUAAAUAAGUAUAGCCAGCUUGUAAAGGCUUUUUUUUACAUGGCCUGUAGGCCUUUCCAAGUCUGCCCAACAGCAUUAGCCAACUGUCACUGGGAGUCAGUAGAACUGUAUUGAUAGGAUAGGAUCCCCUUAUUGUGGAUGGGUCGGGCAAGUUUAAUUUGGACAUGGUUCUUCUGGUUGCUACUGCAUAUAUGCCCCUCUCAUGGUUCUCAUAGAGUAUAACAUUGUCGCUGGCUCUCCUGUAGUGUUUUAUGUGGCCUGUUGGGUGUAAAACAGUCAUUGCCUCUCUUGUGGUACUACGUGACCUGUAGAAUGUAAAGUAGUCAUUGGCUGUCCUGUAGCACUGGAUAUGGCCUGUAGGGUGUAAAAUAGUCACUGGCUCUCCUGUAGUACUGCGUAUGGCUUGUAGGAUGUAAAAUAGUCACUGGCUCUCCUGUAGUUCUGCGUAUGGCAUGUAGGGUGUAAAAUAGUCACUAGCUCUCCUGUACUUCUGCGAAUGACCUGUAGGGUGUAAAAUAGUCACUGGCUCUCCUGUAGUACUGCGUAUGGCUUGUAGGAUGUAAAAUAGUCACUGGCUCUCCUCUAGUUCUGCGUAUGGCAUGUAGGGUGUAAAAUAGUCACUAGCUCUCCUGUACUACUGCGAAUGACCUGUAGGGUGUAAAAUAGUCACUGGCUCUCCUGUAGUACUGCGUAUGGCUUGUAGGAUGUAAAAUAGUCACUGACUCUCCUGUAGUUCUGCGUAUGGCAUGUAGGGUGUAAAAUAGUCACUAGCUCUCCUGUACUACUGCGAAUGACCUGUAGGGUGUAAAAUAGUCACUGGCUCUCCUGUAGUACUGCGUAUGGCCUGUAGGGUGUAAAAUAGUCACUGGCUCUCCUGUAGCACUGUGUGUAGCCUGUAGGGUGUAAAAUAGUCACUGGCUCUCCUGUAGUACUGUGUGCGGCCUGGAGGGUGUAAAAUAGUCACUGGCUCUCCUGUAGCACUGUGUGUAGCCUGUAGGGUAUAAAAUAGUCACUGGCUCUCCUGUAGUACGGCGUGUGGCCUGUAGGGUGUAAAAUAGUCACUGGCUCUCCUGUAGUACUGUGUGUAGCCUGUAGGGUAUAAAAUAGUCACUGGCACUCCUGUAGCACUGCGUAUGGCCUGUAGGGUGUAAACUGGUCGCUGGCUCUCCUGUAGUACUGUGUGUGGAGAGGUUGCUUGAGGCACCAUGGGGACACAUCAGAGCAUGUUACCAUGAAGGAUCCAGUAAAGGGCUUGGUCGGUGCUACUGUCCGGGAAGAAUGGAUUUGCACUUAAAAACAGCUGCUUCAUUCCUCUAAACAGCUACGUCAUUUCUCAAAGAAACUGCAUUAAUAUUCAGCCUUUGGAUAUCGUACCCAAACCAGCGCUUAUCAGUAGUGAGAUUUUGUUAGGACUUGUGACAGGUAUAUUGAUGCCUAUUUUGGGGACCUCAGUUUGACCAAUCAUUGCUCUUGGUCAUAUUCCAGUACCUCUGAAGGGAUGAAGUUCUUCUGAAUGGAUGAAGGAUACGUGGCCAGGUGUAUUGUGUGCAAAAGUGCCAAAUCUGUCUGUCAGUCAGCUCUUAUCAGAGCGAGUGUGUGCUGUGCCGUUUGUAAGUUUGCAAUUUGAGGGCUAGCAUUAAAUCCAAAAAAGUAAUAAUCAAGCCUGGGCUGUGAACAGAGAUCGCACUGAACUAACGGUUUUUAAUGAGUUGGCUCCAUUCCUGUGGCAGUCGUUUAAAUCUCUUUUAGCUACAUUGUGGACUAAAAUGGAGUUUAAAUCUUUCUGAAAAAAGACCCCACGGAUUGACUUCUGAGCUGCUGGGACUGUAGCGUGUGAGAGCUUUUUUAAAGAGUUUAUUCCCAUGGGUUUAAGAAGCUCUAAUAUAUAAAACAAUACUUAUUUAUGAUGUUAUUUUUGCAUAUUAGUCAGCUGUCCACAGCACCAUUUUGUACAGCGCAGGUUUUCGUCUUUGUUGUACGUUUUUUCUUGGAUUUGGCAUAACUGCCCUGUCAUUUGAGCACCUUUAAAUGACACCAAUAUUAGUAACAGAAACAAGGAAAUUGGUAAACAAAAUGAAAUACAGGAUUAAAAAAAAAAUCAUUUAUCAUCAACGGUUGAACCGUUUUAUGAUUUUGUCACUGUGAUUGUGGAGGGGAACAGCUCACAGGAAGUGAUGUAGAUUUAAUACCUGCAGACUGCUUCCUCCGACUCCUGACUCUGUUGCCCUUUUUUAAAUGGAGGUUUGUGCCAAAUCAUAUCUGCCAAUCAGGAACCUCUUUUACACAUUGAAUUGUUGGAGCUCAUUCGCCAGUUGCAGCACUUAGCAGGUUUUUAAGGGUUCUGAUUGGCUACUGGGGAAAUCCCGGUGCAGUAUUUGUUUUGCUCAUCUGUACGUGGGCUUUGCGGAGUUAUAUUAGACACAGUAGAACCUCAGUAUGAGUCAUUUUACUCAACUGCUACACAGUAGAACCUCAGUGUGGGUAAUUUAACAUUACUGCUAUUAAUUAGAACCUCAGUAUGGGUCAUUUAAAUUAUAAAUUUAAAAUACUUGCACAUGUGUUGGGAAAGGGUUGUUCUUACAAAUGCCUACAGCUGCUAUUAACUUCGUCAUGACCAGUUAGGCCACAGCCAAAGGUAGAUUUGCAGUGCUGGCAAUACGGUCAUUCCUUGUGAAAUGAACACGACGACUGACGCAACCUCGUACACCUGUAUAUCUCACCAAAAUCAAAUAGAAAGUAUGUGGUAUUUUUUUAAAUGUAUUUUUUUUUCAAUUUGUCUGCCAUUGUAAUGCAUUUCCUACAAAACGAGAAAGUUCAGGAGUGGUUUGGGCCCCUGGAGGACCGCGAGCCUAUCCCAGGGUGCCGUGCUGUCUGGCGCUUGUUCAGAGAAGGCUCGGAGCACACAUUGACCAUUAAUUCAGCUACACUCUCCACAUAGGCCACACAUCAAACAUAGCUGUAUUAAAAUACAUUUAUCAAAUCAUUUGAAGUGCUAUCGACUAGUUUUUGCCAUAUUUUGGAGAAAAAAAAUGAUAAUGUCAGAAGUUUUGUUGAUUUCGGGCGUUUUUGGAGCCGUGCCAGAGUCGUAAUACUUGAUGUGUUCCGUUGAAAUGGACAUUUGUUCCAGGAGGUGAACAUUUGCUGAGAACACACUGGUUCCACUCCGUUUUCCAGCAUCUACACCUUUGUGUUUUACUUAACUGUUAACAUGUGCCACACUGUCUCUGAUUAUAUUGUAUUGUAUAGUAAUAAUAUCUAACUGUAAAAAUGUUUUGUUUCCUUUUAAAGCAAAGGGUGUAACUCCUCCAGUCUACACGAUUAUUGUCUUUACUCUGUUACUCUAUUGCAUUUAUUGCGUCUCCGUUGUGAUUAUCACGAUGAGGUUUUUGCUCUUCAGGAUCUGACGAUGCUGUCUGGGCGUGUGCGAAGCAUUACCCAGCAGCCUUCACAGAGUCCCAUGUGCCAACGUCGCUGGGUGCAGUUAGCCGUGUGCUCAGUGUUCCGUUUCUCUGACUGUGACUUUUUAUCGUCUUAAAUUUUUGAUUCUGUACUGAAGGAGAUGCACAUUUAAAAAGAAUGAUCCGUCUGUGUUGACAGGCUAGCAGGAUUCACAUGGUGGGGUGGAGGGGCUUCUCUGUUCAUUCAUUUCCCUUUGUUCAAACCGAAUUACCUGUCAACUGUUUUAGGGUUGGUUAAAGCUCUUACUAGUUUUGGCCAAAGUCGAUGAUCUCAACAUACUCUGUCUCAGCUCUUUCACAAAGAAGCAGGAGUGUGGAAGGUUCUGCAGUGACAAAUGUGAAUCCUCAUGAAUAUCAUUAGGUUAACAUUCCAUCAGAAAUUCAAAAUAUUGGUGAGUAGACUCCCUAUCGUGACCAUUUCUUGCCUUGGCUAGCUGAAGGUGAUAGAAAUGUUUGUCUUAAAAUUUGCACACGAAUAAAGCAACUUGAUGUGUUUAUAUUUGCAGUGUGUGUAAAUACAAUAAUAUACAAUAUAUGGGAAAUGUUUUAUGGUGUGCUUCUCUUAUGCUCCUGGAAUUUAAAAAAAUAAAAAAUCUCUACAUUACAUGUAAGAAGGCAGAGAUUGGUUGUGCCAAAUGUCAUGAUAUCCAUUUUGAAAAAAAAAACAAAAAAAAAAAACAUUCCAUGUCACUGUUCACUGUGAAUUUGAAGAUAUGGCUAUAUUUUCAUGGUAGCAUAAUUCUGGGUUGAUGUCAGAAGCUUUCAGUUGGUGUGUGUUUUUAAAAAAUCAUUUACACUGGAUCAUUAGACCUGAUUCUGGUCUUUCCCUUUUCCAUCUGUAGCAUCUUAAACUGGUAACAAAUAUUCCCAAACAUUUUUUUGGGUUCGGAGAUUUCGCCCUACCUCCUGGGUCUGACAGGUUUUUGGAGGGUGUUACUUUUAUAAUUCUGUGAACUUUUGAAGAACAAGUCUUGUACAAUACACAUUUAUGUAAUGAAAUGUAAUUUUAGAAUUAAAGUUGAACCAACUAAAACUAAAAUUAUUUCAACGCCUAUAUUUUAAUCCAAAGUGGAUUUACACUAACUUUUCCCUGAGAGGAAAGUGUCCAAAUGUAAUGUGUUUCUGUUAUAUUUCUGCCCUGUUUACCUUCUCUUGGAUGGUACAGAUGUAUAUUUUAAGUGGAUGUGACAUUUUGUUUAUUUGUGUAUUUUUAAAGAUUGGGGAUAUUUGUUACAUGUGCCAAUUUAUAAUAUUUUUUUAAUUAAUUUUUUUGUUACAUUAAAACACUCAUUCCAACCUUCACACUUCACUGUUUAUUCGAAAAGACUGAUUUGCCAGGUGAAUAAUCUUUACUGUCCAACCCUCCCCUUUCUUUCUGUAGCAUGCCCCCUUUAUCUGUUUGCCUGUGUAUUGAAAAAUAGCUUCAGUAUCCUUUUGUACAGAAGGCAUGUUCCUGUUGGUAUACAAGUGACCCUGUAAGCUGUAAAUAUCUGCCUGUGUAGCUGUCUUGUCUUGUCAGUGUCUGUUUUUUGGUAAUUGUACUAAUGUAAGGAAAAAGUGUGAAUUCUUUAAGAUGAUGCAAA